AUGGUGAUUCAGGUUUGUCUGACCUUUGCUUUGCUUUUGAAACAGAUUUCCUACCAUGGCAGUGAGGAAGGAGGGGAGAGUGAAGACUCCGAAGGUGAAAACCAAGAGCUAGCACAGAUUGACCGAGAGCGCCGGCGGAACUGCGCCUUGACCCCUCUAGCCACUAGCCAGCAGCACAACCAGGGCAUUCUUUCUCCCGCCCACUUACGGUGUCUCCGUUUAUUCCUGGACCCAAUCCUGGACCAUCACAGUUCCGAAGAGGAGCUUGAGCGCAUCGCAGGAGCUACGGCGGCCGAAGGGGGCCGAAAGUGGCACAGACAUGGAGACAUGAGCAGCGCCUUUAGUGACGAGGAGGUGAAGGACCUGUGUGGGCCAAAUGAAUCAUCGGCUGGACCUCGCUUGAGCGCCUCCUCUCCCAGCCCCGUUCUCUUCAGCUCCUCCCCUCCUCGAGCUCUCAAGCCUUCUCACACCCCAGCCCGCCUACCUGUCCGGCCCAUCAUUCUCAGCCACUUUGAACAACCUUCCAUGCCUUACUGGCGGCACCGGCCUGCUUACACAGGAGAACCUGGUCGCCCCAGCUUGGACCUAGAGAAAAUGCAGCAGCCCUGGUCCUUGAUGGAGCCUGAGCAUUCUGCUAAACAUCCCCUUUUUGUUCUUCCAAAGAAAGAAUAUCACACGGUUUGAAAUGAGGGUAAAUAAUGUAAAAAUGUUUAUUC